CUACGACCGAAUCCCGACAACGCCGCAACAACAUUAACGGCCUCCUUCCUGUCUCUACGACUUGGAGUUGAAGGCCGUUUCCCGCAGUCUCGCACAAUCUAUCCCAAGUCCCUUCGCCAUGUCAGUCUCUCGAUUUAUUAUGUUUCUUCCUUUUCUUUUUCCUUUUAUUGGUAUGUCCGUCUCAUUUUGUGACUUAUGGACACAUUUUUUCUUUCGUCGAUAUGUACUACUGGACUGUCCGUUUCUUUCGUGACUCAUGGACACAUUCACAUUUUCCAUAUUUCUGUACAUGUACGACGAGUAUCAAUGGCCUACUGUGGUUACUGGAACCCUUGGUAGUGCGGCACACGCUUCAAAAGAUAAGUUCCUCCCCUACUUCCAGCCGACCAUGAACAAGUUGCAGCACUUCCUCAUCCUCACUGGUGAAGGAGAGGAGACCGAGCUCCGCGGUAUCGCUAUGGACGCUGUUGGAACGUUCGCAGAGGCUUUUGGUGUCGAUGUCUUCCGUCCAUACCUCGCGGACAUGAUGAAGCAGGCGUUCCAAGGUGUUGAGAUGGGUAGCGCACGUCUUCGGGAUUGCAAUUUCCUGUUCUUCGGUGUGAUAGCUAGGAGCUGCAAGCAAGCUGAGCAUGGUGAGGAUAAUGUUUCUACCUUUUCUAAUACUGAAGCUGCCGCCGCCUUUGAAUCCGGGUCGUCUACUACAAACACGAUCUCUGUCACGGAUGACGUCGGUGUCAAUGGGAACCUCGAACUUGAGAUCGGAGAUAUUGACCUUGACAAGAUGCUCGAAGUCAAUAGCAUGAUCGCAGUCGAGAAGGAAAUUGCUGCAGACACGAUUGGAACACUCUUCGCUGCCACGCACAAAUACCUCUUCCCUUUCGUCGAGCCUUGCGCUCUCGAGCUUGUCAACUUGCUCACACAUUAUUACGAGGAUAUUCGCAAGUCCGCGACGGACUCUUGGCUGGAGAUAGUCAGAACAUUCUACGAAUUGAGGUGGUGCGCCAGACUGGACCAGGGCCUGGGGCGACAGUGGUGA